AUGUCACCACUCGGAUCGGUGGCCUUGGCCAAUGGCUCCGCGACGCCAAAGAAAGUCGCCUAUUUCUACGACUCUGACAUUGGCAACUAUGCCUACGUUACGGGCCACCCCAUGAAGCCGCACCGCAUACGCCUCGCACACAGCUUGAUUAUGCAUUACGAUCUGUUUAAGAACAUGGAGAUCUAUCGCGCCAAACCGGCCACUAGGGGGGAGAUGACCCAGUUCCACACAGACGAGUACAUCGACUUCCUACAGAAGGUCACCCCCGACAACAUGGACGCCUACCAGAAAGAGCAGGGCAAAUACAAUGUCGGAGACGACUGCCCCGUCUUUGACGGCCUCUUCGAGUUCUGCGGCAUCAGCGCUGGUGGCAGCAUGGAGGGCGCCGCCCGCCUCAACCGCCAAAAGUGCGACAUCGCCGUCAACUGGGCCGGUGGCCUUCACCAUGCCAAGAAGAGCGAAGCCAGUGGUUUCUGUUACGUCAACGACAUUGUUCUCGGUAUCCUCGAACUACUCCGUUUCAAGAAGCGCGUCCUCUACAUCGACAUCGACGUCCACCACGGUGAUGGCGUCGAAGAGGCCUUCUACACGACCGACCGAGUCAUGACCGUAUCCUUCCACAAGUAUGGAGAGUACUUCCCCGGCACUGGAGAACUGCGCGACAUUGGUAUCGGCACCGGCAAGCACUACGCCGUCAACUUCCCUCUCCGAGACGGUAUCGACGACACAUCGUACAAGUCCAUUUUCGAACCAGUCAUUGAGCAUGUCAUGAAGUUUUACCAACCCGAGGCUGUGGUUUUACAAUGUGGUGGCGACAGUCUGUCUGGUGACCGACUGGGCUGCUUCAACCUUAGCAUGGAAGGCCACGCCAACUGUGUUGCCUACGUGAAGAGCUUCGGGUUGCCGACCCUGGUUCUUGGCGGUGGUGGAUACACCAUGCGCAACGUCGCCCGAACUUGGGCAUUCGAGACUGGUGUUCUUGUCGGCAAGCAUCUGCCCAAGACGCUGCCAUACAACGAAUACUACGAAUACUACGCCCCUGAUUUCGAACUGAACGUCCGCCCUUCGAACAUGGAGAACUCCAACAGCUACGAAUAUCUGGAGAAGAUCAAGGCAGCCGUCAUCGACAACCUCAGACACACUCAACCUGCCCCCUCGGUCCAGAUGCAGGACGUGCCCCGCCAACCCUUUGGUGGCAUGACCGACGAAGAGGAGGCCGAACUGAACGACAUGGACGAGGACGAGCAACCCGACGAGCGCAUGACACAACGCCGCUGGGAGCAGCGCACCCGUAACGAAGCCGAGUUCGAGGAUAGCGACGACGAAGACAUGGACGAGGCCAAUGGCAUGACGCGCCCACGGAACGCCAAGAAACGCACGUUCGGCGACUUCCGGCAAGCCGAGGGGGAGGUCGACAGCGGAGCGCCUUCGCCAGUCAACGGCGCCACCGAAGGCGAAGAAGCCCCCGAUGCUGAGCCGAUUGUCGACGCCGACAUCACCCUCGAGAACCCCGUCGAGACCGAGGAUGCGCCACAGGAGGCGGCCCCCGAAAUCGACGCCACCCCCGAGGCACCGAACAAAGACGCCGUAGACGAGGACGGUGAUGUUGGCAUGGGUGAUGGCGCCGAUGCUGAAGAGGCCCCAACCACAAUCAAGAAAGAGGAAGUAGAGGCGGAGCCCACAAAGGUUGCCGAGAAAGAGGAAAAGGAAGACAAGCCCGCAUCCCGCAAGCCAUCAGCUCAGCCCUCUGCAGAGCCUGCCGCUGCUGAGACUACAGAGACUGCCGAGACCGCCGAGACCGCCAAGGCCGAUGAGGCCGAUGAGGCCGUCAAGACCGCCGAAACCGCUGAGACCGCCGAGCCUGCCCAGGAAGCUGUUAAGGAGGCCGGGGUGGAACCAGCCAAGGAACCGAAAUUGACUGAGCCUGAGGAGUCCAAGGCUGAGGCCGUACCCGUAGAGCCAUCGACCGAAGCCAAGGAGCCUACUCCGGAAAAGGAGAAGCAGACAAGCGAGAAGCCUGAGGAAAAGGCGCCUGAACCCGAAGAAGACAAGAUGGAUGUCGAUGAGAAGCCAGCAGACGAGGACGCCAAGAAGGAAUAG